CACACACUGAUCAGACUGGAUGGAAACUCUGAUCAACAUGGACCCACAACUGCGACUCCUCUUCACUCUGGUUGGACUGUUGUCUACAACAAAUAUUGUGACUACUACUACUACUGCUGCUGCUCCAGAAACUCCUGAUCCUGCAGGACCUACUACUCCUAUAAUUAUUCCAGAAACUCCUGAUCCUGCAGGACCUACUACUCCUAUAAUUAUUCCAGAAACUCCUGAUCCUGCAGGACCUACUACUCCUAUAAUUAUUCCAGAAACUCCUGAUCCUGUAGGACCUACUACUCCUAUAAUUAUUCCAGAAACUCCUGAUCCUGCAGGACCUACUACUCCUAUAAUUAUUCCAGAAACUCCUGAUCCUGUAGGACCUACUACUCCUAUAAUUAUUCCAGAAACUCCUGAUCCUGUAGGACCUACUACUCUAGAACCUACUAGUACUACUAUCAUUACUCCAGGACUUCCUACUACUACUGCUCCUACUACACCCCCUCCUAACACUACUCCAACUACUACCAAAAACACUACUACUGCUACUACUUUUCCAACUACUACCACUACUCCAACUACUACUACUCCAACUCCAAAUACUCCCACUAUUAACUUCUGUCAAGCUAAUACAAUUGGUGAUUUCACCUUCCCACAAACCCCCAUCGGCUGGUUCGCGUACUCAGAGGAAGUUUGUCCUCCACAUACCAGCGCCGCUGGUAAACCACGGGCGUCUGUCAGAUGUGUGUCCAUCAAUGGAUUUCUGGCUUUUCAGGACCUAAAGGAGCUCGAGUGCGAGCAGACGCUCAGCGACAUACAACAAAAUCUCGACGGUGCAGCUGAUUUAGAGACACUGGCGUCCAGUACUCAGAUUCUGACGUCCACACCUGAAAACCUGACAGCUGAAGAAGUGACGACGGCAGUUCAGAUUACCAACACUCUGCUACUAUCCCCGAACGCCUCAGAGAGCGUCAGGGUGGCUGCAGUGGCCACGGUUAGCCAGCUACUGAACGCCAGCCUACCAGACGACCCUGAGGCCCAGGACUCCGCCCUGCAACUCACAGAGACUCUGGACGAACUCUCUGUGAACCUCAACUCGUCUCAGGUGGUCCAACCAAACCUAGUGGUGCAGUCAACCCAGGUUCCUACGGAAGACACCCAGGGAGUCCAGUUCACCGUGCUGACAGGGACAUCUGGGAGUUUUGAGUCUGACAGGAUCAAGCUGAACACCAACGCAUCGGAGGAGGAGGAGUCCUCCGAUUCUGACGUCCUCAUUUACAUCCGCUUCAGUGCAGAGAAACCUGUCCGUCAGAAUCCGUCCAACGUGUCUCUGGGUUUCGUUCUCUACCAGAAUGAUCUCUUCUUCCAGUCAAAUCUCUACAGGAAGAGCCAGGCCACCAUCAGGGUCCUGUCGGGCAGGAUCAAAGGCCAGGAAGGCGAUGUGGUGCCGCAACGUGUGGACAUGAUGUUCAGACCCAAGCUGAUCAACGGGACGACUCUGCACGACUACUCCUGUGUUUUCUGGGACUACACCCUAAAGGACUGGAGCACCGUCGGCUGCUGGAAAGGAAGCUCUUCAGACGGACUGAUGAGAUGUUCCUGCAACCACACCACCAACUUCGCUGCUCUCUGGUCCUUCAAAGAGGACUACCAGUAUGCAGAAGCCCUGGACGUCAUCUCCAUCGUGGGACUUUCCUUUUCCAUCCUGGGCCUGGUUGUUACCAUCAUUCACCACCUCACAGAAAGCUUCUACAGGAAGUCUGGGGAUCGUCAGAUCAACCUGAACUCAAAGCUGGCCCUGCUGAGUAUCUGCGUCUGCUUGCUGGCCUUCAUCAUCACCUUCCUCUCCGGGGUGAACAACUGGCCAAGGGAUGCCAAGGACAAACCCAAUGAGAUCCCGGACUUGGAUAACUGCACGGGCCUAGACAGCUGCGUGGACCCAGACCAGGGCCCGUGCACAGCGGUGACGGCUCUGCUCCACUUCUUCCUGUUGGCCACCUUCACAUGGACCAGCUUCUACGGGACUCAGCUGAUGCUGCUGGUCCGGACCCUGGCUCGCAGUCUGCCCUCACACUGGACGUCCCUCAGCCUGGUGGUGGGAUUUGGAGUCCCAGCUGUCGUCAUGGCCGUCACCCUGGGGGUAACCUACUCUAUGGAGAACCCUCUGGGAUACAGACAGGAGGAAUUCUGCUGGCUUGCAGCUCUGGAUGAAAACAAACACUUUGACGUCAGCAAGCCUAUGUUUUGGGGCUUCGUGCUCCCAGUCGGCCUGAUCCUGGUCUACAACACGGUGCUGCUGGUCCUGGUCUCGAUGACCACCUGCAGGACGGACCCCAAACUAACCAGCACCAGGCGCUGGUCUCUGUGGAAGAAGUUCCUGGUCUGUUUCUCUCUGGUGGUGAUGCUGGGUCUGUCCUGGAGUCUGGGUUUCAUGGUGCUCUUCACAACAGGCAAAACCCACUUCAUCUUCAGCAUCUUGUUCUGCCUCUGCACCACCACACAGGGUUUCCAGGUCUUCAUCCUGUUCACGGCCCGAACAAAGUCCUUCAGAGCCGUCAUGCACAGUUCCCUCCACCGCAUCUCCAACGCCACCAACAACCUGUGGACGUCUCUGAGGUCCACCAGCUCUGAGGUCGACACAAACAGCAAAGAGAAGGACUUCAGCGGCAUGUAGGACGGACCGGGACCACCACACACAUCCUGGUUCUACUGGACACCACUGUUCUACUGGUUCUGCUGGUCAUAUGUAGACCUAAACUAGUCUAAACCAGUCUAGUCUACUCUGACCUGUGUUGACAUGGCUGAGCCUCUAGGGUGCGCCAUUACUCCAUCUACUCUUUAACAUCACGGCCUUCAGUUUGUGUCAUGAGACUCUAAGAACCUAAAUGUUUCCUGGUUGUUCGUGGUUCAUCAUGUUUUUGUUCAUCAUAUGUAACAACAUGCAAAAAAAAAAAAAAAAAAAGUUUUGAUUUGAUUUGAUUAGUGAAGAAGGUUCAGGAUCAUUGAAGAACUUCUUCUUCUUGCCUCGAACAAUUUAUUUUGGAUCAAAAUGAGACGGUUUGUUUGUGAUAUCAUUUUGUUGUUUUACUCCUAUGUUUGUUAUAUUCUUUUAUAUUUGAGAUGAUUUUCAUCAAUAAAGAAUAAAAUUAUCUUCUGAUUUUCUACAACCUCCUUUUAACUGAAUA